UGCCGGACAAAAGGCGAAUCUGACGGCGGAUUGAAGCCCGCUUUUAGUAGCAGGAGGAGACAUUUUGGGAAAACUGCCACUACCCGUGUGUCCCUGCGCCCCAAGGCGGCGGAUAUAUGAUCGAACAAACAUCUGUAGAGGCUCUCGGACUGGAAUAAGGAUGUUCCAGCAGAGUGAGGAGCCUCGCUUCACCAUUGAGCAGAUUGACCUCCUCCAAAGGCUAAGACGGACGGGUAUUUCCCAGGUGGAGGUCCUCCAUGCUCUGGAUACCCUUGACCACUUGGACCGGCAGCAUGGACACAAGCUGACCCAUAAAGCUUCCUACAUGCCGCCGUUGUCUUCCUUGUCUUCUUCCAACACCGUCUCUGCCUCAUUGUCCAUGACUUCCACCUCUACCCAGACACGUUUUCCAGACAACCAGCUCUCUCUUUCACCCAGUAACAACUUUGAAUCCACCUCCCCACCUCUGCAAAUUCCUACAGCCUCACCAGUGGCAGUGGCAGCCGUCGUGCCAAAUGGCCUUGUUGCCGUCACCAACGGAAAGCUUUCGCCGCCACGUUUUCCUCUUGGUAUAGUUGGCGGUGGCGUGACUGCACCAGGUUAUGGAUUUGAGGCCAGUGAAGAGGACUUAGAUCUUGACGAUAAGGUGGAGGAUUUAAUGAGGAGGGACAGCGCGGUGAUCAAAGAGGAGAUAAAGUCUUUCUUGGCCAAUAGACGGAUCUCCCAGGCUGUGGUUGCUCAGGUAACAGGGAUCAGUCAGAGCCGGAUUUCCCAUUGGCUCCUACAGCAGGGAUCGGACCUCAGCGAGCAGAAGAAAAGAGCCUUCUUCCGCUGGUACCAGCUGGAGAAAACCAACCCAGGUGCCACGUUGGCCAUGCGAGCAACCCCUCUGGCUCUGGAGGACGUGAUGGAGUGGCACCAAACUCCACCCCCGUUUGUGCCAGCCCCUGGAGGCUUCCGUCUGAGACGGGGCAGCAGAUUCACCUGGAGAAAGGAGUGUCUGGCUGUCAUGGAGAGCUACUUCAGUGAUAAUCAGUAUCCUGAUGAAGCCAAGAGGGAGGAAAUCGCCACUGCCUGCAACUCUGUCAUUCAAAAACCAGGAAAGAAGCUGUCUGAUUUGGAGAGAGUUACAUCUCUGAAGGUCUACAACUGGUUUGCAAACCGCCGCAAAGACAUCAAGAGGCGAGCUAAUAUAGAAGCAGCCAUCUUGGAGAGCCAUGGCAUCGAGGUUCAGAGUCCAGGAGGUCAGUCCAACAGYGACGAGGUGGAUGGCAAUGAUUUCCCAGACCAGGGUUGUGAGGUGUCCUUAUUUGACAAGAGAGCUACAGCCAGGCAGUUUGCUUUCAGUCGGGCUGACCUGUCUUCUCCAACCCAGGUUCCUCCUCAGCUCCCCAGCUGGUUCUCUGCCCUGGCCAGAGGAGGCAUGCCCGGGCAGAGGGGAACAUCCUUGAUCGCUCGCUCCCUCGUGUCCGGGGCGGGCUCUCAGGCUGAAGGCACCAGACUGACCGGCGCGUCCUGGUCCCCGCCGUCCCCAUCCCUCCAGGACGAGCCCAGCCUCCCAAGCGUGCUGUCUGAACCGCAGGACCCAGUCGGUUCAGAAAAGACGGCGGCGAAUCCCAGCAGCCCGGCCUCGACCAAUCAGGUGGACGGAGCGCGAGGCGGUGCGGGAAACCGGAUCAAGACGGAAACCCUCGAGGACGACUGAUGGGGCAGGUGGGCGUUGGAGCUGCCAGAACAGGUGUCCAAAUAUGCAAGCAGAUUUUAUAGGAAUGUUCUAAUAAUAAUAAUAAUUUAAAAAGUAAAAAAAAAGACCAAAUGUGUAAACUCCAACCCUGAGAUACCUCCCAACCCUACCUCCAACCACCAACCUACUCUGCUAUGCUCAUGUAGCUAAUAAUCAAAUAUAUUAUGGAAAAAAGACAGAAUUUUAUUUGUUAGUGUUCCCCUGUGAUCUGUGAAAGAUAUAAAGAGUUCAUUAAUACAAAUCCAACAAAGAAACACACUACUCUGACGUUCAGCUCAGACUCUGCAGGGAAACAGCUGGAAUAGUCUUCACUGGUUUCCUCACUUCAUUUCUUUGUUGAUUUUGUUUUAUUUUUAGACCUUUUAGAUCUUCCACAGGCAGCUGUCAAACAGGACACGACGCUUUGCGCCGAUGACAUCAGAAAGCUGCACACCUGGCAGCGGGACAGCGCCAUGUUUGGCGUGGGAAUCUCAUAGUUUUAGGAUCUUGCACUGUGAUCACGACACAACUGAACAGCCUCAACGUAGAAAAUUUGGUCCAUUUUCAAGCGAUUCUUGAUUCAUUUCAUUGCCGUCUGUUAGACUUCAGGUCUGGGUCUGUGCAGGUGUAAAAUAAGCUUGUGGUCGCAACAUUUCUCGAAGCUGUAGAUAAUCAGGAAAGCCGUUUUUAAAAACAAGCAGAGUAAUCCUCCCGUGACUGAUGAGAUCAUGUUUGAAAGGGUAGAAUUCAAAUUAUGAGAUUUAUUCUCUGCUAYAUCCUGAUUAAAGGUUUAACAUGAUUUAGUUAUUACUGCACUGACAUAAUUCUUUUAAAAACUCCAUAAAUGCAUCUGCUUAGUGAAAAAACAUCCAUUUUAUCUUUAACGGUAUUUAAACAACUAGUAUUGAAUAGAAAAAACAUUAGAGUAUUAGUUUCUCAGAUUCUAAUAAAAUCUAAACUUGACAUUUGCAUAGAUAUCUAUCACAAAACUGCAGAAUCUUUUAUAAGCUAUAUGU